CCUGGCUUGAAGCCCAAGCUUUCUGUCGGGACAAGCACACUGACCUGAUCACUGUCAGGAAUGAAAAGGAUGCUGAGGUGUUUAACAAAUACCGGGGCUGGAUUGGACUGCACCGAGACAGUAACACUGUCAGUGGUAUGUGGAAAUGGUCCAGAGGUGAUGAGGAAGCCACCUACUUUAACUGGGAGGAUGAAGUACCACAGGAAAACGAAGACUGUGUCUUCAAGCCGACGAACACAACCAAAUGGAGAGGUCGUGCCUGUAAUAAAAGUCGUGUUUUCAUGUGUUAUGAUGAGCUUUUAGUUCUAAUGAAGAAGAAUAAGACGUGGGAGGAGGCAUUAGAACACUGUAGGACUCUGAAGGAAAUGGGCAGCUAUGAUCUGGCCACUCUGAUCACUCAUGACGACCAUGACUAUGCUCGAGAGAGAGCCCAACAGGCAACAACUGAUGAGGUGUGGACAGGCCUUCGUUACCUGGGGGAUGAGUGGCUCUGGAUGGGUGGAGAAGUGGUGCAGUACGAGAAUAUUCCAAGCUGCUCGGGUGCAUGGUGUGGUGUCCUGGAGAAGAACGGCGACAAAUCAUUUGGGAUCAGAGACUGCGGCCAGAGAAGGAACUUCUUCUGUUACAAAAAAUAUUAAAACUAAAAAAAAACACCAUUUUGAAAAUCUAUACAGCAAUCCGAUAAGUAAAGACUCUUCAUUAGUAGGUGAUGAGAGCUUAAACUAGUUCAGCGGAACGGUAGAAAGUAACUCUUUGGUGUGUUGAGUUGACAACUGUAUUUCACAGGAUUAGUAUUUUUUUGUUUGUUCACUGAGUCUGGAGUGCACUUGAUUAUUUGCUAUUUAAAAUAUAAAAUAUAUGGAGUGAUCAGUGAACUGAUUUUUGCUCCACUAAACAGACUUCCUUUAAAACACAGGUUAACGGGUUAGUUAGAAUUUUUUUAAUGGAGGUUCUGUAAAUUUAUGUAAAAAAUUGUUCACUGAAGUGUAAAAUAAAGAUGUCAUAGCAUCAUGCAAUGUUCCGAGUAGUGGAAGCUAAACUAUUCAGAUGUACUUUGUUUUAUCUAUUUUCAGUCAUUUAAAAUGUGUGCAGAAACUGUUCAUAUAAAUGUGAUAGAAUGUUAUGUUAGUGGAUAUUAACAGUCUGCAAAUACCACAUGAGACUCCUGUUAAGUUUGGGGGGUUUCUUCAAGAAAACAACUUUCAUAUUUAUAUGUGAAACUAUAGUUGUUGGAGCCUUGCAGCUGGCUCAAUCCUUCAAAUCAGCUUUGACUUACCUAGUGCUGUUUAUAGAAUGCAUAUAUUGCUUUUUAGUAAAUAAAAAAAUCAACUGCAGGAUGUGCCAGAUGACCAACUGCUUGGAAACUCAGAAAUCUGAUGUUUUUCCAGUGAAAAAGAAUCUUUAUUGUUGUUAUGUGUUACCAUAUUAACCAUAAUAUCAUUUUGAUGAGACAGACAGGAUGCACACAAAUUGCAUAUAACACACAGACACAACAAAACAGUUUAUUGUACUAACCAAUAACGCUUUCUGAAAAGUUUAAAGUGUACAAAUAGUCUUUAGGGUCUAAUACGACUCAUAUCCAAGUCUAAAAAGUAAGCUAGGGGUCUCUUUACAAAUGAUAUAGAUUACUGUGCUGUUGCAUGAAUUAA